CACGGUGGGCAUGACGCCCCAAACUGGAGUCGUCUCAAGAGUUCAAUCGUACUCAUGGGCGCCACAGUGCUAUACGCCAUUGUGGCCGAAAUUCUGGUAGACACUGUCGAUGUCGUUUUAGAAGGUUUCGCUAUUGACGAGAAGUUCCUCGGUAUUACCUUGUUUGCCUUGGUCCCCAACACCACCGAGUUCUUGAACGCCAUCUCUUUCGCAAUGAACGGAAACAUUGCGUUGUCCAUGGAAAUUGGUUCAGCGUACGCGCUUCAGGUUUGCUUGCUACAGUUCCCGCGCUUGUCUUCUUCUCAGCCUUCUACCCCAUGGAUCUGCCUAGCAGCGAAGACCUCGAGCGGUAUACAUUUGCGUUGCUAUUCCCCGAGUGGGAUAUGGUCCUCGUAAUUCUCUGCGUCUUCCUCCUCAGCUACAUGUACGGUGAGGGUAAGAGCAACUACUUCAAGGGAAGCAUCCUACUGCUUUCCUACCUCGUUGUCAUCGUCGGAUACUACUUUUCGGGCUACUCUCAGGAUGCCAUGGGCUCGAACAGGUUCGACAUCAUGGGCAACGAUGGAGCCUAUAAGAGUUUCAAAACAAUCGGGCGGCGAACUGGCGGUGCGGUAUUUGAAGCAUGAAGAGUGACGGCUGCUGCCGUGUGCAUAGGGCAGGUUGGACGAGUAAUAUGGGAUGUGUGACGGUUUAGUGGCUUGCGUUAUCGGUCAUUCGAGGGUCUCGCUAGGGCCGUGUUCGCAGCUUAGGUGCUGUACAUAGCAAUGGCCUUGGGCCCCGUAGCAUGGUCGGCGAUAAGCACGGGAGUUGGGGCUAUCAUUCAUUUUUAUCACCCGGGUCUGUUUUAAUGCAAGUUGUGCUUUAUUUUUAGCUUGAU